UGGCAGCACGGGCGGAAGAAGGGACAAGGUGGUUGACCUCUGGUUAUCUUUCACCGCCCACUCUUGUCCUGGUCUCCGCUGGGAUUCCUUUUUCAUUUCCCUCUCAGCCGCCAGGCCAUCCGACCACAAGGCAUCUGUAGCACCCUGCAACUCUCAAGGGUUCCACAUGUGGGUGAUGGCCAUCCUGGGAGACGUGCGACCCGUCACAUCCCUAGCUGAUCCAGAGGUUGGCUGCUGCAGCGCUGUUUGCCUAUGUGCGUUUUGGCAGCACGGGCGGAAGAAGGGACAAGGUGGUUGACCUCUGGUUAUCUUUCACCACCCACUCUUGUCCUGGUCUCCGCUGGGAUUCCUUUUUCACUUGCCUCGCAGCCGCCAGGCCGUCCAACCACGAGGCAUCUGUAGCACCCUGCAACUCUCAAGUUUAUACCAGGCUACUGCUCCAGAUCCCUGCGAGAUCCCUUCAAAGGGAUUUUCCUCCCUGCUCUUCCCACUGGACACUUCUGAACAGGACGAUCCGAGCCGGGAGGAAUCCAGCAAGCAAGCGGCUCUGGACUCCGGCGCGGGAUGGCCCUGUGCCAUUGAUUCGGAGGACCCAUCGCAAGCCAGUGGAGCAAGGCCGGACGACACGGCCCCGGCCCAGCGGCUGCCUCAUCCAUCAGCCAGGGAGGAAACGUCUGGCCCCGGGAAGCCUUCCUGGAGGUUCACACUCUGGGCUGCAGCGCCUUGGCCCAGAGGUCACCGGCAGCAGCACAACAGGAAGCCACGCAGCGCUGGCGUGGAGGACAGGGAACUACGCAGAGAGGACCGACCGGGGACCCCUCGGCCUGCAUCCCUCUCAACAGCCCCCAGCCCCCGCGUCCCAUCCCGGCCACGCUCCAGCCGCUUUCCAUGGAAGCCCGACGGGAGCCGGACAGGAGCAGCCGCUGUCCCCUGGCAGGAAGAUGUGGUGACGAGAGGGCCAGCUGGGCAUGGAGCUGAACUGUGAGUGCCGGCCGAACGGAGAUACGCACACGCGCACAACUCGGGUGGCCUCGGGAUAUGUGGGCAGGACCCCUGGGUGUCAACAGACAGGGCUGCUGCUCCUCAGUGUAUUCCUGCUCCAUAUAAAGCAGUCCAGGAUGAGUCCCACACGGAUGGUCUGUGACCGGCGGCUGAUCCAGAAAUACAUUACUGAAGCCGUGGAAAUGGCACAAAGAGUGAGCCAAUGUGAAGAGCUUCCUUCGCUUCAGCACCCUGUGCUCUUACCCUUGGUGGGAGUCAACCUUGGAGACUGGAGGCAGAAGACAGCUCGGGCCAAAGGGCAGGAAGUAUUGGGCGACCUGAGUAGGUUGGUGGGAGGCACGGCAGCCGCCCGGCAGGAACUGACCCAAGGCUGCGCCUGUGCAAUUCUUCAACAGCUUUACGAGAAAGCCAGCUCCUUCCUUCUGCACCUACAAAAUUUUGGCUGGCAGGAACAGGAUGCGAGUGUUCAGCCAGAGGGAACCCCGCAACUGAUUCCAGAGAGAAACCUUCAGGCGAUCUUUGAGACCUACGAACGGCUUGUCCGAGGAAAACUGCGCUUCCUCUUCGCUGACCUGCGGAAAGACUCCUGCGGCGAUGAUCAGAGUCCGCACAGAGCUACCAACCCUAUUCAUCCUCCUCCCAGCUUGGCCACUUCAUGGGGGCAGUGAAAGACCCAGCGGGCUUCUGGUCCGAGGGAGAGGCAAGAGGAGCGGCAGGCCCCCCGGUGGGCAGGUGCGGAAGAGCAGGGCUGACCAAACCCUUGGAGCGGGAGGUCAGAACACCGGAGCGGAAAAAGAAAGGAGCGCCGUGACAGCUUCGGAGCGGUCCGUAGCCCUCCUCGCUAAAAUUACAAGCUUGCUUUAGCUGCCUACAAAAAUAAUAAAAAGUUUCUGGAGCCGAGCGAGUCCGGCUAAGCUCUCAGCCCUUCCUUGCCUUACCUGGUUGGUGGCGGUCUGGCAUUUUAGCAGCUCCCAACACACACUGUGCAAACGGUGGAGGAAAUGGGCAGAGUCAGCACUUUCCCAAGCAACACCUAUUACAGCGGUUGGAGCUUUUCUCUCGCCUACAGACCUUGCUGGCUCCUAGCGACCGUCCUUCACCUGCGCGGGAGGAGCUGGAAGAGGGUGGCCAAACCCACCAGUCACCGUGUCUCUAAGAGGAUAUUCUGGGUCAGGAACAAGGAUCAUACUGCCUUUAUUUUCUGCGGAGAUGCUGCAAGCUGCAUCGGUUUAAAAACCACACACACACCUGCCCGAGUGCUUUUCGAUG